AUGAUAAUUUUCUUAUUGAUUUUUACAGCUUUUAGCUAUGAAAUUAAGAUAGCUGGAAAAACAGCUGCGUGCCUAAUAAAGACUUUGCCAAGGGGAUCAGUAUAUGCAGGAGAAUGCGGAACAAAGCUAUGGAGGCCUGACUUGAAGUAUUUAUCAGUUCAAGUUAUUAAUACACGUAGCCAAUAUACAUAUACAAGUGUGCAUACAAACUCUGCGAAAUUUAAAAUAAACACUGAUGAAGCUGGGCCUUACUCAAUUUGUGUCACAAAUACAGCAGACUGGGAGUUUGACAUAGUUUUCAAAUUGACACAAGAAUCUUCGAAUAAUGGUCCUGGCCUAUACUAAUUGACCAAGAAUAGCCCACUAUGGAGCCAUUCUUGGUCUGCCAGAAAAAAUUUUGACAAAAAGAUCCUAAUCUGCCAUUACCACUGAGUUUUGGUGUUUCCAAAUUUUUUUGACAAGCCAAAUGCAUCAUCGCAAAAGAACAAUUUUUUUUAUUGCAUUUGGCUUGCCCAAAAAAUUUGGAAACACCAAAACUCAGUGGUAAUGGCAGAUUAGGAUCUUUUUGUCAAAAUUUUUUUCUGGCAGACCAAGAAUGGCUCCAUAGUGGGCUAUUCUUGGUCAAUUAGUAUAGUUGGUUAUGAACUUCCCAUAAACGCUACAGAAUUUCGUAUGAUUAAUCAGCCUAAUGGGAAUUUUCAAAUACACAAUGAACUCAAAGAUAUUUAUGACAAGGUAAGAGAAGAAAGAGAAAAAGCCAACAUAAAGGAAAAGGACUAUACCGAAAUCCUUUGGUCAGUCCUUAUCUUUGGGCUGCUUGGGGUCAUUGUUUGCUCUUAUCUUACAAAAGAUGUGGUGGUAGAGGAAAAAAAAUCAAUUUAA